UAUUGACAUGCAAUAUUUAACUUGAAUGUUGCGCGGGCUUUAAUUAAAUGGAGCUGUUUAUUCAAUUGUUAUCGCCUCACCAAAAUAUCGCCAGUUAGUAACGGAAACCCAAGCGUAACACAAAAGUAUGCAAACCAAGGCGCGGUGGUUUCAAAAGUGGUGCUCCAAGAAGAGAGUGGACAGUGUUCUUACGAUUGGUAUAUCACUAAUUGUAGCCUUCCUGAGUGGAUUGUUAUAUGUCAGAUGGACUGUUGACAUAAGUGCCUGCCAGACUGAUCAAAUUGAGCUUAUCUUGGAAGAGAAGAGCCCGGAUGAACCAGCGUACCUUUACAUGCCAGGAAAGGGUAGACAUGGAAACCUGAUGUUUGAAUACGCGGCUGCAUUUUGCAUUGCAAAAACCCAGAACAGAACUUUAAUUGUUUCUCCCAAGUUUAAUGCGUUUUUGGGUAAAGCGUUUCACUUGUCUGCUUUAGAACCCCAGAAUUUUGAAAAUUUAGAUACGAGCAAGUUUGUGAAUUUAAAUCAGAAACCAAGAUGUUGUUCAUACGACCAUCGCCUGGCCACUCUCCCCAGGGCUGACAUUACCCUGCACGGCCUAUUUCAUUCCUGGCUCUAUUUCGAGCCUUGCAAAGACGACAUUAAACAAGAAUUUACUUUCAAUUCCUCUUUAUUAAGACAAGUUGAUAAAUACCUUGAGUCGGCAACUUCAAAGCGUGGCUGGAAAACACCAAACAAAGACUUAGUCUACAUAGGUUUGCACGUACGCCGGGGAGAUAGGGGUCAAGUCUUGCCCGUCCACGCUCUCCCUCACGGUGAUGCGAACGCGGAUCUUGGGUUUUUUCAAGAAGCAAUGAGGUUCUACGACGAGGAAUUUAAAGACAAGAAAGUUAUUUACGUCGUCGUAUCUGACAACUUUCAGUGGCCUUUGUCCAUGAUAGACCAUCCUAAAGCGAUCAUUGUCCGUCACAGACCGGAAGAGUUCCACAUGGCGCUGUUGUCACGUUGUAACCAUAGCAUCAUGAGUGUUGGUUCUAUAGGAUGGUGGACGUCGUGGUUGGCAGGGGGGAGAGUGGUAUAUUACAACGGCUGGCCAAACCCCUAUAGUAACGUUUCACAUAUGUAUAGGUUAAACCAGUAUUACUAUCCUCGAUGGAUUGGAAUGUCCUGAAUCUUGCUAAAAUAAGCAUCGUGUAAAAUUAGCUCAG